AUGUCUCAAUCAAUCAUCAAGCAGCGAUUUGACACGAUCGAAUUCCUCAAAUGCUAUAAGAAACACCCUUGUUUGUGGGAUAAGGCCCUACCAGACUUUCGGAAUCGAAAAAUGAGAGAUGCGGCUGAAGAAAUGUUGUUACCGAUUUCAAAACUUUCAAAUAUUAAAGAACUACGUUCUAAAAUCAGAAGCAUUAGAGGAACAUACAACCAAGAAGUGAAUAAAAUACACAUGUCAACGAUAACAGGAUGUGGAAAAAAAGAUAUAUAUAUACCAAAAUUAAAUUGGUUUUCAUAUGCAGACAGUUUCUUAAGAAAAAACUUUGAACAAUAUAUUAUGGAGACUGAAUCAAAUUUAAUAUUAAAUGAUGAAAUCAAUACAGAUGGAACAUCACAAAAUUGCAAUAAUGAAGAACACAAAGUUACUAAAUACAUGCCAGAAGAGGAUUUAUCAUUCCAAGUACAGCCAAAAAAAAGACCUUUGCAAAACCGAAACAUUUUAAAAUCUAGUGCCACUAAAAUUCUAAAAAUAAACAAUUCUUUAGAUGAAGCAGUGAAAGUAUUAAGAGAAGUAAGUUCAUCAUUAUCACGUUUUUCAAACACCGAAUUUACCGUAUUUGGACAACUUGUUGCUAGCCAAUUGGCUCAAGUACCUUUAGAAGAUGCACUUCAUCUUCAGCAAGAAAUUCUAACUAAAAUAAAUGAGUCACGGCUUAAGCAUAUUCGUAACUCUAUGAACAAUUCUUCACUUUAA